GCUAGCAGUAAAUAUAUUUUGUUUACUUACUGAGUGUUGGAAACUAACUCACUAAUUUCGUUUUGGGUUGGGCAGCAAUCUGCAGCACCAGUUGCUGACACUGCAAGGUGGGGGAGUAGGCUGUUGAGAUUAGAUGCUCGAGAGACAUUUUUUUUUUGUGUGUUGAUGAGCCGAGUAACAUGGACACAAAGAACAAAAGAUGAAGUGACUGUCACCCGAGGGAGCAUGCUGGCCACAAAGGAACAGAAGAUUAGAUGUCACCGACAUGAACGCGGCACAGAAAUAAGCUGAGGGAUGACAUCGCUGGCUGUCGGCGUGGUCCUUUGUCUAACAGGCUGGAUCACUCUCUACACACUACUGUGUAACACCAAUGGCAGCCAUGGUUCUGAGUGGAAUUGUAGGCUGGUCACACUGCUCCAUGGAAUCCUGGCCGUCUGUAUAACAGCCUACAUAGGCUAUGUGGAUGGACCUUGGCCCUUCACACAUCCAGGCACAAAGAACACCCCCCUUCAGAUCAGUGCUAUGGUCAUUAGCCUGGGCUACUUCUUCUUCGAUAUGGGCUGGUGUGUUUACUUCCGCACAGAGGGACCGGUGAUGCUGGCUCACCACACCAUGAGCAUCCUGGGUAUUUUGUUGACCCUGAGCUUGGGGGAAUCAGGCAUCGAGUCCUGCGCCGUGCUCUUUGGCAGUGAGAUCACCAACCCCCUGCUGCAAGCUCGCUGGUUCCUGAGACAGUUGGGUCGCUAUGAGAGCCUGACGGGGGAGGUGGUGGAUGUUCUGUUUGUAGUGCUAUUUGUGUUCAUGCGCAUAGUGGUUGGCGGGAGGAUGUUGUACUGCGAGCUCAUCUCCCCACGGCCCAGGUUCAUUAUAAAGUGUGGGGGAGUUGCCAUGUAUGUGCUAUCCUGGGUGUUCAUGGUGGACAUUGGUCGUUUCGCCUACCGCAAGAGUCAAUCCAAAUACAGACGCUGGAGAGACCAACACAGAUUGGCAGCAGUUAACGGACAUGACGGAAAGACCGACUGAAAGACUUCCUUAUCAUUAGAAGAUGAAUUAAAAACGUCCAAUGUUUAUACUAACAGAACGUCUUUAACAAAUGAUUAACUACCAAUGGUUGUGUAUGAUUAUUGGGGAAUAGUCUUUGGUAUUCAGCUUACACUUGUACAUUUUUGUGCGCCGUUCAGAAAAAGCAAGAUGCUCAGUUUAAACAUACACUGUUCAUCAGUCACUUUGGGUUAAUAAACUGGGUGGUUCGA